GGGCCAGAGCUGGGGGGAUUCUGGGAAGCUGCGUUAGGAGUCAGGGACGUAGGGAAGAGGAGACCUGGGCCCGGGGCAGAUCCUGCCGCUCGUCGGCUCUAAUUACCGUUUCUUCUGCUGAGGCUUUAGUCGGGCGACCGGGACAGGGCGGGGGCAGGGGGCUGUGAGGGAGGAAGGCUGCGAGGGUUAGAGCUGAGUGUGAGUGCGUGUGGGGAGCCGCCUUGGGAGCUGGUGCCAAGACAGGAAGUGCCCCAGAGCUGCGUUGGGAAGGCGUGAGUCGUCCUGGAGCUAUGAGCGGGAUGGCUGGCCAGGGGGCCCUGCGGGGGCUGCGCGGGGGCGAGCCAGCCGCAGAAACGCCGGGCCGCUGCGUGGGGCCCAGCAGGUCUGGGCGUGGAGUCCGGAGGCCGUGGGGGAAGAGAUGGGGUUCAAGGACCACUGGAGGCCGUGGAGCGAGGCGCCGGGCUAGGUCCUCCGUGCGGGAAACGCACUGUGUGAGUGCAGAAAGGCUGCAGGACUGCCGGGGACAGUGGGGGAGAAGACAAGCAGCGGGGACAGCCCAGGCCGCCGGGGCGAACGAGGUUGCGGGGACACCUGGCACUGCAGGCUCUAUGGAGGCUGCAAGGGACCCUGGGACUGUAUGGGUGAACGGGGCUGUAGGGAUACCCCAGGUGGUGGGGCCUGUCGGCUCUGUGUGGGUGACUGGCAGUGGGGAGGAGGAAGAGUCGGUUUAUAGGAGCCCGCGGGGCUGUGAGAGAAAAGGUCGCCCGGGAUCUAUGGGGCACGAGAGCAUUCUGGAGCUGUGGUUGAAGGUGCAGGCCAUGAGGGCAGCUUCAGGAUGUGGGGAAGGAAGCAGAGUCGAACUCCAUCCUGUGCCUGCAGGAGAGGGGUUGCUUGAAAGGGGGAUUCCUGGCCGGGCUUCCUGGGUGGAAACCAGCCGUGGUGGUCUCACAGGACCCUGGGUGAAAGGGCAGGGUAGGGCAGCCCCCGGGGCCGCAGGAAUAGCUAUAGCUCUGGGCCUGGGGGCAGGCUGUGAGAGGGCUGCAGUCGUGUGUGGGCAGGGCCAGCCUGUGAGGAUACCCUCUGUGGCUUUGCCUGGCACUAUGGAGGCCAAUUCUGGGAUUGCCCCAAACCUGCUAGGGAGGGGACAAGCUGUGGGGGUGCCUGGGGCCGAAGAAGGGAUAGACUAUGGGGUUGCCCCAGGCUCUCGGGGAAAAGGAGUGACUGUGGGAGUGCCUGGGGCCAUGGGGUGGCCCAAGGCUGUGGAGGUACCCAGGUCUGUGGAAGGAGAGCUAGGCUAUGGGGGCGCUCUGGGUCUGUGGGGGAGAGAACAGUCAGUGCAGGUGCCUGGGGCUCUGGCACAGGAGGCAGUCUGCGGGGAUACCCCAGGCUUAUGGAGAAGGGUACAGGCCGCCGCGGUGCCCGAGGCCAUGGGGGUCCUCAGGGCUGCACCGGAAGAAACUAUCUCUGUGGGUGCACCAGCCCUGUGGUGGAGGAGACAAGCAGUGGAGGAGACAGGCCCUGGGGGUCUCCCUGGCCUGUGGGGCAUUGGGCAGCCUGUAGGGGUACCUUGUGUUAUUGAAGAGGGAGCGAGAUAUGGGGGUGAUCCAGGAUUCAAGGAAAGGGGACAGGCUCUGUGGGUAGAGACAGGCUCUGGAGGCGACUCAGGGUCAUGGGAAGCUACACAGACUGCAGAGGUAUCUGGUCCUGAUGAGCAGGAGGCAGGUUCCGGGGGUGCUCCAAUGAGCAUAGGACAGGCGAUGGGAGUACCUAGGGCCUGGGGAACCGAACAGUCUGUGGGGGUGUCCCAGGCUGCGGGGCUUCCGGGAGCUGUGGAAGAACCAACCAGCUUCGGUGGUGUCCCAGGCCUGUGGGCUAGACAGCAGGCUCGGGGGGUGCCUGUGGCUGAUGCAGUGCCAGGGGUUGUCCGGGAUGAGAUGUGCGGUGGGAAUGUCCUGAGUCUGUGGGAAAGGAGUCAGGUGAUGGGGGAGCAAGCGGCUCUGGUGCCUGAAGCUUUAGGGAGACCUGGGUCUGUGGAUCAAGAGCCCGGCUGUGGGGACGCCUCAUGUCUGAGCAGGAGGAGACAGGCUGAGGGGUCACCUGAGACAGUGGGGAUGCCAGAGGCAGCAGGUGUGUCCAAGCACAGGUGUGCGCCGGCAGGGGUGCCCACAGCUGUGGGUGCGCCUGGGUCUGGAAGCAUACCUGCCAGGAUGCCUGCUGCUGUGUGGGUGUCUGGCUCUGUGUGUCAGGAAAGCAGCUCCAGGGAUGACAUGAACCUGUGGGGCAGGGCUCAUCCUGCCAGGAUACCUGUGGCUUCAGGGGUACCUGUGGCUCCGGAGGAGGUGUGGCCUGUGGGAGAGGACCCUGGUUCUGAGGCUUUCCGAGGAUCAUGGGGGAGGAGACAGGCCGUGGGGGUUCCCGGUUCUGUGGCUCCUGAGUUACCUGGACUUGUGGGAGAGGAGACUGGCUCUGAGUGUAUCCCAACAUCUUGGGGACGGAGACAGAGUGCCAGGGUUCCUGCAGCUGCUGAGGUGCCCGCCGUGGCUCCUAGGGUGCCUGGUCCUCUAGGGGUGGAGACUGGCUCCGGGGGUUUCGCCCACCUGCCAGGAAGGAAGAAGAUGGCAGGAGUACCUGUGACCACAGGGGUGUCCACAGCUGCCUGGGCGCCUAGGCCUGCACAGGAAGAUGCUGGUUCUGGAGGUGUCGCAGGCCUGUGGGGAGGGAGAGAGACAGUGCGGAGACCUACAGAUGCCAAGGAUCCCACCAGGAUGGGGAUGCCUGCCACUGCCAGGGUGCCUGGGCCCAUGAGGGAAAAUCUGGGCCUCGGGGGCAUCUCAGGCUUGGUGGGAGGGAGACAGACUGUAGGAGCAUCCAUGGCUGUGGGCCUGCGAACAGCCCUGGGGGUGCCUGGGCCUGAGCAAGGAGAGACACUCUCUGGGGGUCUCUUGAGCUUAUUGGGAAGAAGACAGAUUGCUGAGAUGCCGGCAGCUGCCAGCGUUUCCCUGGCGGUGGGAGUGCCCUCUGCUCCUGGGGCCCCUGGGCUGCUGGUGGGUGCUGCUGGCUCUGGGGAUGGCUCAGGUGCAUGGGGAAGGCGAGAGGUUUUUGAGAUGCCCACUCCCGCCAGGGCUUCAGGACCUCUGGAUGGGGAGACAGCCUCUGAAGGUGUCGCAGGUCUGUGGAGAAGGAGACCCAGUGGAGCCAUGUCUGAGGCUGUGUCUUUGGGGAUGCUUGCAGCUGUCGGUGUUCCCAUGGCAGGGCGUGGGGCUGCCGCAGUGUGGGUGACUGGGUGUGCAGGAGAAGGAUCGAAUGCUGCCAUCUCGGGCCUCAGAAUGCCGAGGAGACAGUCCAUAGAGGGCCCCGGGGCUUCAUCGGGGGAGGUGGGAGGUGGAAGUGUCCUGGGGCUGGUGGGGCGGAGCCAGAUGGAGGGGGUGUCUUACACCUUUGGCCGUGGGACCAGGUCACGGAGCUGCCCAAGGUGCGAAGGGGAGGAACCAGACUAUGAGAACGUGCCAGGAGUGUCCAGGGCAGGCACGGCCGUGGGGGUGAAUGAAGCUGAGGAAGUGCCCCUGGUGUCAAGGGAGGAAACAGGCAUUGGCUGGUCCGGGGAUCUUGCCCAACAGGGUGGGAGGAGACAGGCUGGAGGAGGGUCUGGAAUCAGGGUUAGGGGGAACAAUUUGGGAGAAACUUAUGAGGGGGAGGACAGAUUGAGGGGGGCAUUCCAGUAG